CUGACGCUUGCAGAAAGCUCCGCGCGACGAGAAAUUCCCCUGCGUCAAAUCGUGCCUGCUUCCCUGGACCGCGGAGGCGUUGAACCGUGCGUGAGCCAUUACGUGGCGUCGACACCCAGCUCGGCUGCUCGCUGCCCCAUCUCCGUCAUUUGAGAUCCGCAGCCUGUGACUUUCUUGCCCCACUCCGCAUCGUGCCGCACGAGUGGACAAACUGAAACACGAUCCCUAUCAAUCCGGAGCCCGAUUCGGUGCCCACCUCCAAUUUCACCAGUAACUAACCCCAGAGGCAAUAGGAAUUGCUCUGCUAAGUUAUCUUCGAGCUUAAUCUGAUCGUGUUGGUCGGGCUCAGAACUUCGAUUUGUGGUGUUGCGGGAGAGAGAUGGCGCAGAGCAAGGAGGAGUUCUUGGAGCAGUUCGGCGGGGACUACGGCUACCCGGACGCUCCCAGGGGAAUCGACGAGCUGCGGGCCGCCGAUUUCAAGCGGCUGGAAGGGAUGGUUUACCUGGAUCAUGCUGGUGCGGCGCUGUACUCAGAGGCACAGAUGGCGAAUGUUGCCAAAGACCUUAUGUCGAAUGUCUAUGGAAAUCCUCAUAGCCAGAGUGAUUCAAGCAUGGCUACAAGUGAUCUUGUUACUUCUGUGCGGCAUCAGGUCCUAAAAUACUUCAACGCAUCUCCAAGGGACUACAAAUGUAUAUUUACCUCUGGGGCAACAGCAGCUCUAAAACUUGUUGGCGAAUGUUUUCCAUGGAGUAGAGAAAGCUGCUACAUGUACACAAUGGAAAAUCACAAUAGUGUGCUUGGGAUAAGAGAGUAUGCUCUGAGCAAAGGAGCUACUGUAUCGGCAGUUGAUGUUGAAGAGGUUACUGAUCCAUCAAAGAAUCUUGGAAGUGAUAGUUUGUUUAACAUUUCAAAACACUCAAACCAAAGAAGAGGUGAUGAUGUGCUUUUGCAUAACUAUCAGAAUGGAAGCCUGACAGCUAUUUCAGGAAACAAUUUAAAUCUAUUUGCAUUCCCUUCAGAGUGCAAUUUCUCAGGACACAAGUUCAAUCUAAGCUUGGUCAAGCUCAUCAAGGAAAGGAAAUUUUUGAGUGCAUCACAGCAACAGGGCCGCUGGAUGGUUUUGAUAGAUGCUGCAAAAGGAUGUACAACUGAACCACCAAACUUAACCGUGUGUCCUGCUGAUUUUGUUGUCUGUUCGUUCUACAAGAUAUUUGGCUACCCAACUGGUCUUGGUGCCUUAAUUGUAAAAAAUGAGGCUGCUAGUUUACUGAACAAGACAUACUUCAGUGGAGGAACGGUGGCUGCUUCAAUUGCUGACAUUGACUUUGUUCAGAAAAGAAAAAGCAUUGAACAAGUUCUUGAGGAUGGAACAAUCUCAUUCUUGAGCAUAUCCUCUCUUCGAUAUGGAUUUGAGAUAAUUGAUAUGCUAACUAUCUCAGCUAUUGCACGGCAUACUGCAUCUCUUGCUACUUAUGUGAGAAAGAAAAUGAUGGAUUUGAAGCACAGCAAUGAGAAAAAUGUUUGCAUAAUCUACGGACAACAAGCUUCUAAGGUGAAAGAUCUGAAGAUGGGUCCUACAAUCACAUUCAAUUUGAAAAGAGAAGAUGGCACCUGGUUUGGAUAUCGCGAGGUGGAGAAGCUUGCUUCCUUGUCAGGAAUUCAUUUACGUACAGGCUGCUUCUGUAAUCCUGGUGCAUGUGCUAAGUACCUUGGCUUGUCACACUCAGAUCUAGUUUCUAAUUUUGAGGCUGGGCAUGUUUGUUGGGAUGAUAAUGACAUAAUAAAUGGAAAACCAACUGGUGCUGUGAGGAUAUCAUUUGGCUACAUGUCCACAUAUGAAGAUGCAGAGGAAUUUCUUAAGUUCCUGCAAUCAUCUUUUGUGUCCAAAGCUGUAGGAUUGACCAAUGGCUACAUGGUGAACAUGGAUAUUCCUAAUUUUGUAGAUGAUUGGAGCCAACAAGCUAUUUCAGAUAUCCGUUUAAAAUCCAUAACUAUAUAUCCUGUGAAAUCUUGCCAAGGAUUUAGUGUGCAGGGUUGGCCACUGACAAUUGGUGGUUUAAAAUAUGAUAGAGAGUGGCUUCUCCAAGGAUCAGGUGGUGAAAUUUUGACACAGAAAAAGGUGCCAGAGUUGAGUUCUAUCCGCACAUUGAUUGACCUGGAACUUGGGAAACUCUUCUUAGAGUCGCCAAAACGCAAGGAUAAAUUGCAAAUAUCUGUUCUAGAGAAUUGGACUCAUCUAAGUGCAGAAGUAGAUGUUUAUGGUCAAAGGUACGAGGUGCAAACUUAUGGUGACAAGGUAAACUUCUGGUUCAGCGAUGCUAUUGGACGUCCUUGUACCUUUAUGAGAUGCUUGAGCUCCAAGUACCGUUCCUGCACAAUUAACGGCAGGAGAGAUCGCCUAUGUAGAGAUACUCAAAGCAAACUUAGUUUUGUCAAUGAAGGACAACUGCUACUUGUUUCCGAAGCAAGCAUAACUGAUCUCAACAGCCGGUUAAGUUCUGGUAAUGGAAAUGGUAAGCAACGGGUGUUUGUUGACGCAAUGAGAUUUCGUCCAAAUAUUGUUGUCUCUGGGUCCACACCAUACAACGAGGAUAACUGGAAAAGGCUUAACAUUGGGGAGGCGUAUUUUACUUCUAUGGGAGGAUGUAACCGCUGUCAGAUGAUCAACCUGUACCAGAGCUCAGGGCAGGUGAUCAAGUCGAAAGAACCACUGGCAACUUUAGCAUCAUAUAGACGACAAAAGGGUAAGAUUUUGUUUGGCAUCCUGCUGAACUAUGAAGACAGUACGGAUGGAGAAGAUGAGACCAUUGUAGAGAGAUGGAUCAAAGUGGGGCAAGAGGUGUAUCCUUCUACCGAAUGACGUGUACAGAGGUCAACACAAAGGUUUCACUUGCCUAAGAAGUGGAUUGGUAACAGUCGUUACAAAUACGUCAAAAAUACAGAGACAUCCAGAUAUAGUUGUAUGUAAUAGUUGUUUUUCAUGCCUGCAUGUAACACCUAAGGGCUUGAAGCCUGUGUUCCGACAAAAAAGAAAUAUAGAGAAAAUGAAUAUAAUACGAAGAAAAAAAUGUAUAGCCUGAAAUGGUUCAGAUUUUGUAGUUCUUCGAUGAAUUGCACCUCGAAUGACUUAAUACUCCCUCCGUCCCAAA